AGAGCGAGAGCAUCAGCUGGCCAGAGUCUAGCCACACGCUCACCAGAGGCACGAUGCCAUGGACCAGGUUAACCAUAUUUGGGCUGUGUGUUGUACCGCGCGGCUCUUCCGCGGGCUCCUGGAGAAUGUGCUCGUGGCCACGGUGGCUGUGGCAGCCCUACACGCAGUCGGAGCCAAACAGAUACACACCUAUGCAGGUCCUUGGGACAUGUGGAUUGAGAGAACCGACAUGUGCAGGGAGGAUGACGAGAGGAUGCAAGUGAAGUUUUCGCACUACAACCCGAACAAAAAGUUUGUACCGCAGACGUGGAGCGGCUUCGCUAAUUUAUCGCGAGCAGUAGACGACAGUUGGUGGGUCAAGGCUCCUUUGAGCAUUCGCAGCAACAACCAGUGGAAAGAAAAUGCUUUUGUGUUCUUCUUCCCGACGAAAGGCUGCAGCAACGGCAGAGAUUUUCUUCCACCGUGCUUAAAACAGUUCUUCACCAAGGCCGGGACUCCCUGCCUACUCAAACAGCAAGUGCUACAAUUCCGAAAUACCACGAUGAAAAUCGAAUUUCCACUGGUCCCACGCCUGAUAUAUGGCCACUACCGUCUGGAACUGGAGGCAGGGCCGAAAAAUGAAAAGUCAGAGUAUUGCUUUAACGCUAUCGUCCAUAUUAUCCCUAAAGUGUGAAAUACACACAGAUCAAGUGGACACAUUCCUAUGGAGGGCUGGAGUUUCACCGAGGCUCGUCGGUAUUCCUAAACCCAGGAGAUUAGGACAUUCAAAAAUAAAAAUUCAAUUCAAAGGGCGAUAUGGGAAUUAGAUGUUUGAAGUAGGCCAUUUCGCACACUCAACCCUUAU